GAGUUAUUUUACUUUUAAGAUCUAUACACUUUUAUAUAUACAAGAAAUGUGUAUUAGAUUUGUGAAAUCAAUUUCAUUCUAAGCUAGUUACAUUUAUCAAUUUUUAAAAUAAUAAUAUAUAUUAAUGCAUGAAUAGGUAAGAAUCCAUGAUUUCAACAUUGUACUGACUACUGAUGAUUAACAUGUGUAUCUGUCAGCACCACCGCCGCAUUUGUCAGCUCAGUUUUCGUUUCCUGAGCCAUUUCAAAGCUUCAAUUUCCAACGACCCAGAAAAGGGUUUGGUGAAAAAUGCCAAUUUGGUUCUCAUUUCAAAUUCCGGAACCCCCUUAAUGCCCAAGAAUUUGAGUUUGAAACCAAGGUCUUCGGAUGAUGCACUUCACAAACGCAACGUGGAGAUCACGAUUUUGGGUCGCCACGGCAAGCUCGACGAAGCAAGGAAGCUGUUCGACGAAAUGCCUCAACGAGAUGACGUUUCUUACAAUUCCAUGAUUGCCGUUUAUUUGAAGAACAAGGACCUACUUGAAGCCGAAACAGUGUUCAAGGAAAUGCCACAAAGAAACGUUGUUGCCGAGUCCGCAAUGAUUGAUGGGUAUGCCAAAGUUGGUCGCUUGGAUGAUGCCCGUAAGGUUUUCGACAACAUGACCCAGAGGAAUGCAUUUUCCUGGACAAGUUUGAUUUCUGGGUAUUUUAGUUGUGGGAAAAUUGAGGAGGCUUUGCAUUUGUUUGAUCAAAUGCCUGAGAGAAACGUGGUGUCCUGGACUAUGGUGGUUUUGGGUUUUGCUCGCAAUGGGUUGAUGGAUCAUGCUGGGAGGUUUUUUUAUCUCAUGCCUGAAAAGAAUAUCAUAGCUUGGACCGCUAUGGUCAAGGCAUAUCUUGACAAUGGCUGCUUCAGUGAGGCUUAUAAGCUCUUCCUUGAAAUGCCUGAAAGAAAUGUACGUUCUUGGAACAUCAUGAUCUCGGGUUGUCUUAGGGCCAAUAGAGUGGAUGAGGCUAUAGGUUUGUUUGAAUCAAUGCCAGAUAGGAAUCAUGUUUCGUGGACGGCUAUGGUGUCCGGUUUGGCACAAAACAAGAUGAUUGGGAUUGCUAGGAAGUAUUUUGAUCUCAUGCCUUAUAAAGAUAUGGCUGCAUGGACUGCAAUGAUAACUGCAUGUGUUGACGAGGGGCUCAUGGAUGAAGCUCGUAAGCUAUUCGACCAGAUACCGGAAAAAAAUGUUGGGAGUUGGAACACAAUGAUUGAUGGUUAUGCAAGGAAUAGUUAUGUAGGGGAAGCCUUAAAUCUUUUUGUUUUGAUGCUAAGGUCUUGCUUUAGACCCAAUGAAACCACUAUGACUAGCGUAGUAACUUCCUGUGAUGGCAUGGUGGAACUCAUGCAAGCUCAUGCAAUGGUCAUACACCUUGGGUUUGAGCACAACACAUGGCUUACAAAUGCACUUAUUACACUGUAUUCCAAAAGUGGGGAUCUUUGCUCAGCUAGGCUUGUUUUUGAGCAACUAAAGUCAAAAGAUGUAGUAUCAUGGACUGCCAUGAUUGUAGCCUACUCAAAUCAUGGGCAUGGACACCAUGCCUUGCAGGUAUUUGCACGCAUGCUAGUAUCAGGAAUUAAGCCAGAUGAGGUCACCUUUGUGGGACUCUUAUCAGCUUGUAGCCAUGUUGGUCUUGUCCACCAAGGUAGAAGAUUAUUUGAUUCAAUCAAGGGUACUUAUAAUUUAACUCCCAAGGCUGAGCACUAUUCCUGCCUUGUAGACAUUCUAGGUAGAGCAGGACUUGUGGAUGAAGCAAUGGAUGUAGUUGCCACUAUCCCUCCUUCUGCGAGGGAUGAAGCUGUUCUUGUGGCAUUGCUUGGUGCGUGCCGUCUCCAUGGGGACGUUGCAAUAGCAAAUUCCAUUGGUGAGAAGCUAUUAGAGCUAGAGCCGUCUAGUUCAGGGGGGUAUGUACUACUAGCCAAUACAUAUGCUGCAGAGGGUCAAUGGGAUGAGUUUGCAAAAGUAAGGAAAAGAAUGAGAGAGAGAAAUGUGAAGAGAAUUCCAGGAUAUAGUCAAAUACAGAUAACAGGGAAAAAUCAUGUCUUUGUUGUCGGGGAAAGAUCUCAUCCCCAGAUUGAGGAAAUUUACAGAUUAUUGCAACAGAACCUUCAACCUUUGAUGAGGGAAAUGGGUUCUACACCAGAGAACUUGUUGCUAGUUCUCAGUUAAUUAAAGACUAACCGGAGUUACAUAUUACAUUAAAAAUGUCUACUUUAUUGUGCUUUAUUAUGAACGCCCCUGCUUAGUUCAAUCUUUGCAAUUUUGCAUCUGA